GAAUCAUUCAGCAUGCGAGUUUGUUUUUAGAACUACAUGUGACAGCGACUUCAUUUAAAAUAACAGAUAAAACCCGGUCAACUGAACGCUUUUCUGUCAGUUUAUCAGAGCAGUCAUGGGCAAAAAAGGCAAGAAAGAGAAGAAGGUGAAGGGAGCGGAGAAGACAGCCGCCAAAAUGGAGAAAAAGGUUUCAAAGAGGUCCAAACGAGAGGAGGAGGACUUGGAGGCUAUGAUCGCUGAGUUUCAGAAUCUGGAUGCAAAGAAGACAACAGUUGUAGAGACCACAUGUCCACCUCCAUCAGCAAGGCUGAGCGCGUCUGUCUCCGCCCAUCCUGAGAAAGAUGAACUCAUCCUGUUUGGAGGAGAGUUCUUUAAUGGAAAGAAGACGUACCUGUACAACGAUUUGUUUUUCUACAACAUCAAGAAGAACAACUGGGUUAAAUCAGAGAUCCCCAACCCCCCUCCCCCACGCUGCGCUCACCAGGCGGUGGUCGUUCCUCAAGGCGGAGGACAGCUCUGGGUGUUUGGUGGAGAGUUUGCCUCUCCGAACGGGGAACAGUUCUAUCACUACAAGGACCUCUGGGUGCUGCACCUAGCUACACACACCUGGGAGAACAUCAAGGCACCCGGGGGUCCAUCAGGGCGCAGCGGCCACAGGAUGGUGCUCAGCAAGAAGCAGCUGCUGGUGUUUGGAGGUUUCCAUGAGAGCAACAGGGAUUUUAUCUACUACAACGACGUCUACUCCUUCUCCCUGGACACCUUCUCCUGGUCCCGCCUCUCUCCAUCAGGCACCGCCCCCUUACCUCGCUCUGCCUCUCUGAUGACCUCCACGCCAGACGGCACAGGGGUUAUCGUCUACGGGGGAUAUUCUAAAGUGAGAGUGAAGAAGGACGUAGAGAAGGGGACCAUCCACUCUGACAUGUUCCUUCUGAAGAGAGAGGGGAAAGACGGCCAAGAAAAGUGGUCCUGGUCCAGGCUGAGCCCCUCCGGGAGCAAGCCCCCUCCUCGCUCUGGUUUCUCUUCAGUGAUGGGCCCUGCAGGGCGGGCGAUGCUGUUUGGUGGUGUUUGUGACGAGGAAGAGGAGGAGACACUGGAGGGCGACUUCUACAACGACCUGUACCUGUAUGACACUGUGAAGAACCGCUGGUUCCCUGGCGUGCUCCGGGGAAACAAGUCAGAGAAGAAGAAACGAAGAAGGGGGAAGAAGGGUGGAGCUGAAGGGGAAGGAGCAGAGAAGGAAGGGCAGGAUGAGGAGGAGGAGGCGGCAGCUGAAGGACCCACUGAGGUCAUCAAGGAGAUAAUCGCGGAGGACGGCACGGUGAUGACCAUCAAGGAAGUGAUCCCCGGAGCUCAGCCGGAGGAGGAGGAGGAGGUGGAGGAGGAAGAAGAUGAUGAAGAUGCCUGGGCCCCCCUGGUGGAGCCCUGCGCACGCUCCAGCUCCAUGGCAACAGUGCGCCAGGGCAAGCUUUUCCUGUUUGGAGGGAUGUUUGAGGUCGGUGACCGCCAGUUCACCCUGAACGACUUCUACUCUCUGGACCUCAACAAGAUGGAACAGUGGGAUGUUCUGGUGGAAAUGGACCCAAAGACACAGGAGUGGCUGGAUGAGUCUGAUUCAGAGGAAGGUGAAGAGGAGGAGGAGGAGGAGGAGGCGGCCAAAGGAGCAGAAGGGGAGGAGGAGGAGUCUGAAGAGGAAAGCGAGGAUGAGGAAGAUGAAGACGAGCACCCCACGUUGCAGGAGGGAGAGACACUGACGGAUUACCAGAGCCGUACAGAGCAGUACUGGAUAGGACUGUCCCGGGCCAACCUGGGCCCCGACGCCAAGGACAAAAAGGUCGCCAAGAUCGCCCUGGCCAUGGCUAAGGUCUUCUUUGAAGACCAAUAGCGGGACACGUCAAACUGUCUGAGUGAGUGCGUGAGUUGAGUGAGGUGAGUGAGGUGAGUGAGUGAGUGAGUGUGUGAGUGUGUGUAAUAAACGUUUUAUAAAACAUUUAAACUGUAAUGCAAAUUGAAUGAUAUUGAAUUUGAGAACAAAAACGUAAUCUCUCCCACUGAUAUGCCGCGAUCACUAUGUUCCAUUUGUGAAUAUACCAUUACAUUAGCUGCUAGAUAACGGAUUGUUGAAUACAACAGUUUUAUUCUUUUUCAACAAGUCACUUCAACGCUAACAUUGUUUAACCAUAUUGCUGCUACCAACUCUGACCAGUGUGGUGAAGCAAAGUGAAGAAGACAUCUUAGUGCAGGUGAGCAUUACAUGAAAUCACGUGGUGUGGGUUUUGUGAGAACUGACAAGUUGCGAGUUGUACAAGUUCACAUAAAUCUUCUCUUUGACAUGGUUCUUUGUUAGCACAUAUUGUGAAAUCUAUACAUUUCUGUAACUUUUCUGUUUUACCGUUUACAUCUCCAAUUAAUGUCACAGAGCAGUGACCCAAUUACAACUUGUCUAAACUUAAACUGGCUCAACACACAGACCACUGUAAAUUCACCUGUGACAUAUUAUCAUUAUGUUAAGUUAUAUUGAGAAUGAGCCGGCAAACAGCUUCCCAUUCACACACCUAACAACAUUAUUCAGUUAUGAUUCUGGGCCCUUCCCAGUCAAUAUUUACUCUCCUGUAAGCUGUGCUUGUAUGUUUGCAAGCUACUUGCUAACCUCGGCUGCACUUUUGUGGGGGACAUGUAAUGUACAGUGGGUUAUCCAGAGAUUUUUUGCCUUAAUAAAAAGGCUGUUUACUGUCGUUGGAAACAAGGUGGACAAGAUCGAUGAGAAUUAACCGAAACAUUAAAGUUACAGGUCAUUAAACCAUGGUAAUGAAAGAGAAUGUUACCUAGAGUUGAGCUACUGCAAAGUUGGAAAAUAAUUAUCUUCCUUUUCACAUAGUCAUUGGAUCAUUGUUAGUAUGCUAAUAUUGAUAAAUGGAACCCAAAUCAUACAUAAUAAUGCACGGUACUCUGAGAACAUAAUUCACAAGAUCUUCAAUAACGUGUUUAAUCACCAAUGGGCCUUUAUCAAGUACUGUAAAAGAAAAAAUAAAUACAUUUAUGAUUCAACCA